ACCCCCGCACCAGCGCCGAACCUUCUCACUGCCCAGGAAGCUCACCGCGAAGCCGGCCAAGUCCCCCAAAAUACACAUACAUCCCCCCCCCCCCCUCCCUUCUGCUGCUACAAAUCCACCCGCCAACGCAUCGACAUCUCUCACUCCCCAUGCACACCGGCAGUUUUAUCCUUCGAGUUCAAGGUAGUACUAUAUAUAUAAAUACAAAGCUUCCGCGCCGGUGGUCUACCCGGUCAUGGCGGCAGUCGGAGCGCGCCCAGCGUUGUACCACUACCAGGCGCCGGCGGGCGACGCCCUCUCCAUGUCUUCGUACUUCUCCCACGGAGGAAGCUCCAGCUCCAGCUCGCCGUCCAGCUUCUCCGCCGCCCUCGGCCCCGCGCCGCUCGCCGACCCCGCCGCCGCGCAGUUCGACAUCUCCGAGUACCUCUUCGACGACGCUGCGGCAGCCGUGUUCGCCGCGCCGCCGGCCGAUGGCGGGGCCCCCGUCGUGCCGGACGGCGCUGCUGCUGCUGCUGGUGCAGGUGCAGGUGCAACCGCACACAACGCUAGGAGCGCGGCGGAGGCGCUGCCGGAGCGGCCGCGGACGGAGCGGAUCGCGUUCCGGACAAGGUCGGAGAUCGAGAUUCUGGACGACGGCUACAAGUGGAGGAAGUACGGCAAGAAGUCCGUCAAGAACAGCCCCAACCCAAGGAACUACUACCGGUGCUCGACGGAAGGGUGCAACGUGAAGAAGCGGGUGGAGCGGGACAAGGACGACCCCAGCUACGUGGUGACGACGUACGAGGGGACGCACAACCACGUGAGCCCCAGCACGGUGUACUACGCCAGCCACGACGCCGCCUCCGGCCGCUUCUUCGUCGCCGGCACGCAGCCUCCUCCAGGCUCCCUCAAUUGAUCGACCGGAGCAUGCAGCACGGGUGUCCAAGCUAGCUGGAUAGCUAGUUGUUGGUAGGGUAGAGAUGAUCCGGGUCCGUUUCGGUCUCGAGGUGGAUCGUUUUGGAUCUACCUCUUCUUUUCCCCGUCCUUUUCCUGUUUCGAUCAUGGGAAGGCCCAGCGGCUGGUUGUUGCGAUCAAACAUCGUGCUGCUGUGUUCAUGCUAGCUAGCUAGCUCAAGAGGUUUUCAACCUAUCCCAUAUUCCCUUGAGCAUAGCUAAAAUAGUCUGGGAAAUGUAGCGUAUAAAAAUUGCUUAACCGUGCAAAUAAGAUGCAAUGUACAGAGGUUGCCGAUC